UGUAUGUGUACUAUGUGUAUUAAAUAAAAUUUGCCCGAAUUGUAGGAUUGUUCACUUGUUGUCCUUGUUGCUCUGCUGGAAUGUUUCCACGGCAACGCAAACUCACAAAACCAUUCCGCGUGCAACGUCAAAUACACAAGCACGAGCCCGUCAUGGUCCGCAUCAGUGAGGAUCUGAUCCGCCGCAGAGCGGAGCACAAUAAUGGUGAGAUCUUUUCCCUCGAGGAGGUUUCCCUCCAUCAGCAGGACAUUGAGAGGAUCGAGCACAUCCACAACUGGUGCAGAGACCUCAGAAUUCUUUACUUACAAAACAACCUGAUCCCUAAAAUAGAAAAUGUGGGCAAACUAAAGAAGCUGGAGUAUUUAAAUUUGGCACUGAACAACAUUGAAGUCAUUGAGAAUUUAGAAGGCUGUGAGAGCUUACAGAAACUGGACCUCACUGUGAAUUUUGUGGGAAGGCUGAGCAGUGUGGAGUCACUAAAACAAAACGUUCAUCUAAGAGAGCUCUACCUGGUGGGAAACCCCUGUACUGAAUUCCAGGGAUACAGACAGUAUGUAAUAGCUUGUCUCCCUCAACUACAGUGGCUUGAUGGGAAAGCAAUCGGACGAGCUGAGCGUAUCCAGGCUCUACAGGAACUGGAUGCAAUGAGAAAGCGCAUCUUAGAGCAGGAGGCGGAGCACUUCCAGAAGAGAGAGAUACAGAAAAGGAGUGGCUUAAGAGACACCACACCCACAGAAGAACAGGGGCAAAUACAGAACCAUACUCAAAAUAACCAGUUGGUCAAUGAAAACCAAAAUGAAAUGACACACCAGAAUCAGGAAUCAAGCUUCAAGUCUCACACAGAUGCAAAGGACCAGGAUAGGGAAUUCUGGGAAAAGCCAUGUGCAUUUACACCAGAGUCCAGAAUAGAGGCCCAUCGCCAUCUGGAGGAAAAGAGAAGAGCGAAGGAGAAAGAGAGAGAGAGUCAUGAAACCAAACCCCCCAGAUCUCUAAUCACUGCAGAUGGACGAGUGCUGAACAUCAAUGAGGCCAAGUUGGACUUCAGUCUUACAGACGAUGAGGACAACAACUGCAUGCUAUUGGACUUGCAUGUUUACAGGCAUAUGGACACUUCACUGCUGGAUGUAGAUGUUCAGCCAACAUAUGUGAGAGUGACCGUCAAAGGAAAGGUGUUCCAGCUGGUUUUGCCUGCAGAAGUUAAACCUGACAGCAGUUUAGCCCAAAGAUCCCAAACCACCGGCCACCUGCUUCUCACACUACCCCUGGCACAUGGAGAGAUAAAACCCAAAAAACACAUUGCCAGACCAGCCAGCGCUACUCAUGAAAGAAAAACCGAGAAAGACGAGACAAGGACAUCACGUGGGCGUGAAUUAUUGGAGGUGGAUCCCAGUAAAAGUCUGGCUGGGAAUCUGGCCAACAUUGUUUCCAAAGGAAAGGACUUUUCCAACACACCCAUGCAGUUCUCAACGGCACACCAGCAUUGUGGCUUUGAAGAAAGGCCUGUGUCAAAAGACUUUGUGGAUGAUCCAGACGUCCCUCCGCUUAUGUGAGAGAGAGAGAGAGAGAGAGAGAGAGAGAGAGAGAGAAAUUAUGCUGUGAUAUGACACAGCAAGAGAGCAUAAGUGAUAAUCACACCCUCUGCUGAGCUUGUGGAAGUGUGUGAUGAAACACUGCGAGAUAUAUUUAGCUCUCUUCAUUAGACAUAUAGUCAAGUAGAUGAGUAAAUGUCAGUCUCAUUACAGCUUACUGAAUAUUUCAGUCAUAAAGAUCCUCCAGACAGACACAGAUAUGUUUGUUGAAAAUUUUAGCUCUCUGAAAUAAAGUAAGGCCGGCCUGUGAUGUUUCUGUUCUCACUGCCUUUUUGUAUUUCUCAUAUUAUGUGUUUCACAGUAUGUGUAUGUAUGUAUGUAAAAUUGUUGAUUUUUGAAAAUAAAGCAUGCACAGUCAA